UCUCUCUCUCUCUCUCUCUCUCUCUCUCUCUCAUAAACAAACAAACACAGGAACAAUUGGCAGUUUAUAAAGUAAUCAACCCUCCAAAUCAGAACUACUUUCGAAGCUUAUAAGUUUCAGAGACAUAACCAACCAAUAGAGUUCCAUCAAAACAAAACCCUAAAGUUUCUUUCAUCUCUCUCACACACACAUUACAACACAUACAUACGCACAUUGUGUGCGUGUGUAUACACAUAAACACAAUGAGGAAACCGAUAGGAGGUGCAAACGAGCCGCAUAAUUCGAUAUCGAGUGCCAAGGGCACCGCAAUAACGACGAUGAAGAUGCGAAAAGGGUUGUGGUCACCGGAAGAAGACGAGAAGCUAAUGAACUACAUGAUUACCAACGGCCAAGGCUGUUGGAGUGACAUUGCUCGUAAUGCCGGUUUGCAACGGUGCGGCAAAAGCUGCCGGCUCCGGUGGAUCAAUUACCUCCGGCCUGACCUUAAACGUGGUGCCUUUUCGCCUCAAGAAGAAGAAGUCAUUAUUCAUCUUCAUUCACUUCUUGGCAACAGGUGGUCCCAAAUUGCAGCAAGAUUGCCUGGUCGUACAGAUAAUGAGAUAAAAAACUUCUGGAACUCCACGGUAAAAAAGAGAUUGAAAAAGAAUACUACAUCAAAUUCCUCGUCACCUAACACAAGUCAUGAUUCAUCAUCUUCCGAACAUAGGGACAUCAUGGGCGGCUUGAUGUCCAUGCACGAUUCUAGCAACAUCAUGGCCAUGUACAUGGAUGCAACACGACGAUCUUUAUCAUCGUCGUCAUUGCAAACCAUGAACAUAAACCAAUUGAUAGAACAAUUACCCCUAACCAACGAUCAUAAUGGGCCAAACAUGCCCAUCUUGCAUGCAUCAUCCUAUGGUACAACACAAGUUGGCAUGGAUGGUAAUGGGAUUAAUUACAAUGGAUGUUAUGAGAUCUUUGGAGGGAAUUUAGGGUUAGAAGACGAGAUGUUUAAUAUCCCACCAUUAGAUAACAUGACUGAUAACAAUCAAGAGAUAAAAUGCGAAAAUCUUGAUGAUAGCAAUUCCAUCAUCAUGACUAACAACAUGAACAACAUCAUCUUGAGCCAAUGUUACAACAAUAACAAGCACAAGGUACAAGCAAUAACCGAAGGGUUCGAAAAUUGUUGGGAGGGAGGAGAUGAACUUAAAGUUGAAGAAUGGGACCUUGAAGAACUCAUGAGAGAAUCUUCCAUGUUCCCUUCGCUUGAUUAAAUCUUGAAAAAAGUAGAUUUGUUAUUAUUUCCUUCAACUUUCUUUUGCCAUUUUCGGAAAGUAGUAUAAUGUUCAAGAUUGUAGAAUAAAAGGACACCGACAUAGGUGUAAUGGGGGUCAUCGUGCAUAUUCUAUUGUAUAGAUAUAAAUGUACAUGUACCUCAUCAUGUAAGAAUAGUUUGGCUAGUUCAAAUUGAUCGUCAUACGCAAGGCCGGCUGGCUAAUAAAAUUCAAAAGAUGAUACUGUUUUUA